AUGGCAACGGGCGGUCCGGCAGGAGCUGGCGCUGCCACAGCAGCCGGCGAUUUGGCAGCGGUGUUCGCACAAAUGGCACACUUGUUGGAAGCACAACAACAAGCCCAAAAAGCACUCCUCGAGCAGCUUGUGCGGCCGCGAGACGGCGAGUUCCUGAUGGAAACACUUUCCAAAACCCUGACGGAAUUUGCCUACGAUCCUCAGCACGGUGUUGUCUUCGACAAGUGGUAUGCCCGACACGAAGAGGUGUUCACUAAAGGCGGAGCGAACCUAGAGGAUCCAGACAAAGUACGACUCCUGUUGCAGAAGCUGAGUUCUGUAGACCACGAUCGUUACGUGAAUUACGUUUUGCCGAGGAACCCACGAGAUAUUCCGUUUGCGGAGACGGUGGACACACUCAAGGAAAUGUUCGGUCAUCAAACAUCCGUUUUCUUCCGACGGUUCCAGUGCCUGCAAACGUGCAAACGCGAUACGGAGGACUUUGUUACCUACGCAAGUUUCGUCAACAAAGCUUGUGAGGAAUUCAACGUCAACACGAUCACUCCGGAUCAGUUUAAAUGUUUGAUUUUUGUUGCUGGUCUACGGUCGGAGAAGCAAAAGGAUAUCCGUACGAGAUUAUUGGCCAAGAUGGAAACUGAUUCUGCGGCAGAUCCGAUGACGUUGAAGAAGCUGCUUCUGGAGUGCCAGCAUCUGGACAAUUUGAAACACGACACUGCUGUAAUCGAAUGUCCGAAGCCGCUCAGUCACGCGGUGCACAGACGCGAAUCCGGUGAUGCUGGAAGGAAGUUCUCCGAGAAAACUCCAGUACCCUCGAAAGCUCCACGACGUCCGUGCUGGCAGUGCGGACAAAUGCACUUCGUUGCAGAUUGUUCGUACACAAAUCACACCUGUCGAAGCUGCGGAAAAGUGGGCCAUAGAGAAGGUUAUUGCGGAUGUUUUUCGAGAAAACCGGAUGAAGCAGGCAGCGAUCCGAAGCAAUCGAAUACGGAAGGCAGGAAGAAGAAAAAGAAGCAGAAGAAGGAACAGUGCAACGGAAGCGGAAAGUCGAAGGGCAUUUAUGCAAUCAACGAGGCUGGUUUUGCCAAUCGUAGGAAGUACGUGGAGGUUUUUAUCAACAACAAGCUCAUCGAACUGCAGCUCGAUUGUGGAUCCGACUACACAAUCAUAUCGGAGGAUUCACUACCAUCGUUGAACGACCCCAAAGUGCAGCCAACGAACCUGAAGGUGGCCACAGCAUCGGGCAAGCCGCUACCUUUAUCAGCCGAGUUUCCAUGUCAGGUUACGUUCAGAGGAAUCACGAAGCAAUCGGUUUGUUACGUGACGUCGGUGCAAGGUUUCAACGUUCUUGGCAGCGAUCUGAUGGAUGCUUUCGGCUUGUACGACAUGCCGAUCAAUUCCUACUGUAAGCAGCUCACAACAGCAGAAGAUCGAGAGGCGAAUAACGAAGCUCUGAAAGCAAAGUAUCCCGAGGUAUUCCGCGACGGACUUGGACUGUGUUCGAAGGUUAAAGUCAAGCUUUUUCUCCUGCCGGGGGCCAAACCGGUAUUCAAACCGAAGCGACCGGUCCCUUAUCAUUCGCAGCGGCUGGUGGAAAAGGAGCUUCGAAGACUAGAGGACCUAGGAGUGAUCGAACCAGUGGACUUUUCUGAAUGGGCGGCACCCAUAGUGGCCGUUCGUAAAGCGCAAAAGGAUGCUGAUGGUGACCCUGUAGUCCGAAUAUGCGCGGAUUACUCCACCGGCUUGAACGCAGUGUUGGAACCUAACAAGUAUCCGUUGCCCACUCCGGACGAGAUAUUCGCAAAGCUAGCUGGCAGUAAAUACUUUAGUAUUCUGGAUCUGUCUGAUGCUUAUUUGCAAAUGGAGGUAGAGGAAGAGUCACAAACGCUGUUAACGAUAACGACACACAAAGGGCUUUUCAAAUGCAAACGGCUACCUCCUGGAGUAAAAUCCGCCCCGGGUGCCUUUCAGAAAGUCAUCGAUAGCAUGAUUGGCGAUUUGGAAGGAGUUGAAUCAUUCCUCGACGAUGUGCUAGUGCACGGGAAGACACCAGAAGAGCACGACCGGAACCUGGAUCUCAUCCUCCAGCGGAUUCAGGAGUACGGAUUCCGGCUCAAGUGGGAUAAAUGCCGCAUCUAUAUGACCGAAGUUAAGUACAUCGGACAUAUCGUGGACCAAAACGGUAUCCGGACAGACCCGGAGAAAGUGUCCGCGAUCGUCAAGAUGCCUCCACCACGGAAUGUCACGGAACUGCGUUCAUUUUUGGGCGCAGUGAAUUACUACGCAAAGUUCAUCAACGAAAUGCAUCAGUUGCGUAGGCCCUUGGAUCAACUGCUCCAGAAAGACGCCAAAUGGAUGUGGUCCAAGGAGUGCCAAAGUUCGUUCACGCGGUUCAAGGAACUUCUACAAUCGGAUUUGAUGUUGACGCACUACAACCCGUCAAUGCCAAUUGUGGUCGCGGCAGAUGCAUCGAAUACAGGCAUCGGAGCGUGCAUCAGGCAUCGGUUUCCCGGGGGCGCCGAGAAAGCAGUGCAGUAUGCUUCCCGAACCUUGACGCCAACUGAACAAGGCUACAGUCAGAUCGACAAGGAGGCCCUUGCUCUGGUAUACGCCGUCACAAAGUUUCACCGAAUGAUACUGGGACGACCGUUUGUACUGGAGACCGACCACCAACCGCUUCUUCGGAUUUUUGGGUCACAUAAAGGAAUUCCGGCCCACACAUCGAACAGGUUGCAGCGGUGGGCAUUGACCUUGCUUUGUUAUGACUUCCACAUUGAAUAUAUCAACACGACGAAGUUUGGAUACGUUGACGUGCUCUCAAGGCUUAUCGACUGUACAGUGAAACCGGAAGAAGAUUAUGUGAUUGCAUCAGUUCGGCACGAAGAAGAUGUUUCGGCGGUUUUGGAGGAAGCUGUUGAUUCAAUUCCAAUCACCGCGAAGAAGAUUGCUGCAGCUACGGAUCGAGAUGAAACACUCAAGCAAGUUGUACAGUUCCUGCACUCUUCGUGGCCAACCAAAGCUUCGUACCAAAUCAACCCGGAGUUGACAGCAUUCUACAACCGGAAGGACAGUUUGACCACCGUACAAGGCUGUAUUCUUUUUGGAGAACGCGUCGUUAUUCCUGAGAUUCACCGGAAGCAACUGCUUAAACGUUUACACCAUGGUCAUCCUGGAAUGGUGCGGAUGAAAUGCCUUGCUCGCAGUGUAGUGUAUUGGCCCGGGAUUGAUCAGCAAAUCGAAGAUUACGUGAAGCAGUGUAAGGAGUGUGCAGUGGUUUCCAAGUCUCCACCCCACGCGCCACCAGAGGCUUGGCCAAAACCUGCUGGACCGUGGCAACGUAUACAUGUGGACUAUGCCGGUCCGAUCGAUGGGCUGUAUUUCCUGCUGAUCAUCGAUGCGUUUUCGAAAUGGCCGGAGAUCUUUCCUACGAAAGUUACCACUAGCAAAGCGACAAUAGAUUUCCUUCAGACGACAUUCGCUCGGUUCGGAUUACCUGGUACUAUUGUGUCAGACAACGGGCCGCAGUUUGCAUCAGGUGAGUUCGAGCUAUUCUGCAAGACGAACGGUAUAACCCAUAUCCGCACUGCACCGUACCACCCGCAGUCAAACGGGCAGGCAGAGCGAUUUGUCGAUACCAUGAAGCGUGCGAUGAAGAAAAUAAACAAGGGAGAGCCUCUACAGGAAAGUCUUCAAGUUUUCCUAGCUACUUACCGAUGCACACCGAGUCGAACCACCGAUCACAAAUCGCCCAGUGAGUUGAUGUUUGGUCGGCAAAUGCGGACAACGCUUGAUCUUCUGCGACCAGAAAAGCUGUUGGUAACCGAGAAAACAGAUAAAAUCGCUCAGAAACGUAGGUUUGCUCACGGUGACUUGGUUUACGCUAAAGUAUACAAGGGAAACGACUGGACCUGGGAACCUGGCAAGAUAAUCGAACGGCUUGGAGCAGUAGAUUACAACGUUUGGUUGGACGGCCGACGUGCUGGAUUGAUCCGGUCGCAUGUUGAUCAGCUACGUGCAAGACAUGUGGCAGAAACAGCUGACAGAACCUCAUCGAGCAUCGAGGAACUUCCACUGGACAUAUUACUUGGAGAGUUCGGCAUCGUUCAUGUUCCAGAUGGAUUGGCUGAACCAGGUGGGACGGCACAGGUCACUCCACUGCAACGUUCCAACGUUCAGCUGCGACAUCAGGGUGCUUCAAGUGCAGCUCAACCCGAGGCUCAACCAUCAGUUACCACGGCGGGAUCGAGGUCUCGUAUACCAACACCAACGACCACCUAUACAUCGCGGGGACGAGCAGUUCGGCUUCCGCCGAGAUACGAGCACUACGUGAUGUCUUAA